AUACAGUACAUAGUAUGUUUGUAUCCUUUUUUUUGUUUCUUUUUUGCUGUCUAGUGCACAUUGUGGCACAUGAAAUGGUUCCAAAUCCCCCCCCAAACAGAAAUAAUGUCAUAAAAACUUGGUCAUAAAAAAACAAGAAGACCAUUUGUUGCUUGAGAUGUGUAAUCCAUCAUAGUGAGUUCACUUCAAAUCAGUCUGCAACUUUAACAACAAUUACAAUUGAGUGUGAUGCAUAACACAACUCAAGGAAGUUUCUUCUUCAAAGGUUUUCUCUUUCAUUUUCAUAUUGUACGGACACAAAUAAAAACUCACUUGGAAAAUGUGUUUAAAACUGGUCAGCAGCAGUACUGUGAAAUAUGUGAUUUACCAUUAAAGGCACAGUCCGUGUUCUAAAUGUGAACAAAGGGGUAGGUCCGCUACGGAUCCGAACAUAUGACUGGAAGCAGCUAUCACACUCAAGGGCUUUUAAUAUACAUGAUACAAAGUGACAAAGUAAAUCUAUCUAUGUCUUCUGAUGAACUGUACUCUUAAGCCUUCAUGGAUGUUCGGAAUAAUGGAAAGUUUGAACGUCUUCAGUUUGGGCUGCAACUAACGAUGAUCUUCAUUUGAUAAAUCUGCCAGCUAUUUUCUCGAUUAAUCGUUUUGUCUGUAAAAUGUCAGAAAAUAGUGAAAUUCCCCAAAGUCAAAGAUGUCUUUAAAUGUCUUAUUUCGUCUGAGCGACAGUCCAAACUCCAAAGAUAUCCAGUUUACUAUCAUGUAUGACAAAGAAAAGCAUGAACUCACCACAUUUGAGAAGCUAAAAUUUGAUAUGUAUUUGAUUAACAAAGUAAUUGCCAAUUAAUCCUCUGUCUUAUCAACUAAUCGAAUAAUCGUUGCAGCUCAACAACUGAGCAAACUCCAUCUGCUGGUGAAGACCGUGUGAUGUUGUCAAAAAGCCUAGUGUGGCCAUUGAUUUGAAAAUGAACGUCUAAACAUAACGGAUUCGGAGUCUUUGAGGAAGUGAAACUUGUAAAAACAGUGAUAUGAGCCUUUAAAACAGAUCUCAUCCUUAUAUAAGCCACAACAGCAGAGGAUCAGUGUUGUUGAGCUUGAUGUGCGUUUAAACUCCACUACAUCUGUGUGCCUCUUCAUUUUUUCAUGCACUAUGUUUUAUUACUUUUGGAUGAUGCAGUUUGAAAUGUUUCAGUCCCUCUGUAUCCAGUGGAUGGCAGCAGCGAGAGGGGGGGCUGGUUGUUGUUGAUGCUGAGGAAGCUUUCUCUUCCACUUCUGCAUCUGAGAGGAGGAGAGACAGGCACCAACUUCCUGUGCGAUCUGUGUUCAGCUGAGUUCAGACUGACUGCCUCUCCGGGAGGCUUGUGGCUCUGCAGACCGGAGAGGAGGGAGGCUCUGUAGGUGGUGUAUGGCUCGGAGAGACGCCUGCGAUCUCCGUGCAAGCAGCAGCAGUAGCAGUAGCAGCAGCAGAAGCAGCAGCCGUAAAUGUGGAUUGUUUACACCGGUGGGCUCCAGCCGUUCCUGCUUCCCCGCCUCCCUUCGUACCCGAGCGGCCGCCUCGGCUCAGCAGCGUCGCCGCAGAUAGCGUCAGUGGAGCGGGGCUGAUGGCCCUGGUGCUCGCCCCGGCCUUCAUCAUCAGCAGCAUCCGCCUGUGCGUCUGCUAGAAAGCUGCGAGAAGCCGCGCCGCUUCACCCGGCCGCCUGAAGUCCCGCGGGGAGCCCGGAGAGCGGAGAGGGGGAGCGGGGUUUGGUCGCAGCAUCGCCCCGGUGGGAGUGGAUGAGCAGCCGGAGCCGACCCAGAGAUGGCUGUUCUCAAACUGGCCGACCAGCCUCCUCUCAUCCAGGCGAUCUUCAGUGGAGACCCUGAAGAGAUCCGUAUGCUCAUUUACAAGUCUGAAGACAUCAAUGCUCUGGAUACAGAGAAGCGCACGCCGCUACAUGCAGCGGCCUUCCUGGGCGAUGCCGAGAUCACCGAGCUCCUCAUCCUCUCUGGGGCCCGGGUCAAUGCCAAAGAUAACAUGUGGCUCACCCCUCUCCAUCGUGCUGUGGCAUCCCGGAGCGAGGAGGCGGUGCGAGUUUUGAUUCGCCACUCGGCUGACGUGAACGCGCGAGACAAGAACUGGCAGACGCCGCUGCACGUCGCCGCCGCCAAUAACGCGCUGCGAUGCGCCGAGGUCAUCAUCCCGCUGCUGAGUAGCGUCAACGUGUCGGACCGCGGCGGACGCACCGCCCUGCACCACGCCGCCCUAAACGGCCACACCGAGAUGGUAAACCUUCUUCUCGCAAAAGGAGCCAACAUCAAUGCUUUUGAUAAGAAGGACGGCCGGGCGCUGCACUGGGCAGCUUUCAUGGGUCAUCUGGAUGUGGUGUGUCUCCUGGUGAGCCAGGGGGCGGAGAUCAGCUGUAAGGACAAACGAGGAUACACUCCCUUACACACGGCGGCCUCCAGCGGGCAGAUAGCUGUGGUCAAACACCUGCUCAACCUGUCUGUGGAGAUAGAUGAGUCCAACGCGUUUGGGAACACAGCGCUCCACGUGGCUUGUUUUAACGGUCAGGAUGCUGUCGUCAGCGAGCUGAUAGACUACGGUGCCAAUGUCAGCCAGCCCAACAAUAAGGGCUUCACCCCGCUGCACUUCGCUGCUGCCUCCACACAUGGAGCGCUCUGUCUGGAGUUUCUGGUCAACAACGGGGCUGACGUCAACGUACAGAGUCGUGACGGGAAGAGUCCUCUUCACAUGACGGCAGUUCAUGGACGCUUCACUCGCUCCCAGACCCUCAUCCAGAAUGGUGGGGAAAUCGACAGUGUGGACAAGGAUGGCAACACUCCUCUCCACAUUGCUGCCCGCUAUGGUCAUGAACUCCUCAUCAACACUCUUAUCACCAGUGGAGCUGACUGCACAAGGCGAGGAGUCCAUGGCAUGUUCCCCCUCCACCUGGCUGCCUUGAAUGCUCACUCUGACUGCUGCCGGAAGCUGUUGUCCUCAGGUCGGAGGUUUAGCAUAAUGUGUAACGACUCGGUCCUGUCUGCAGGCUUCCAGAUAGACACUCCUGACAGCCUGGGGAGGACCUGCCUGCACGCUGCUGCUGCCGGAGGUAAUGUGGAGUGUGUCAAGCUGCUCCUGAGUAGCGGUGGAGACCACAACAGGAGGGAUAACUGCGGCAGGACUCCCCUCCACUAUGCGGCCGCCAGCCGCCACUAUCAGUGUCUGGAGACUCUGGUGGCUUGUGGCACCGCCAUCAACGCCACUGACCAGUGGGGGCGCUCCGCCCUGCACUAUGCUGCCGCCUCAGACUUGGACAGGAGGCGUCGUGUGGCUCUGGAGUCAGAGAGUGAAGGAGUUCAGGCGGAGAGAGAGAAAGAGGCGGCACUAUGUUUGGAGUUCUUGCUGCAGAGUGGAGCGACGGCCUCACUGAAAGACAAACAGGGCUACAGUCCUGUCCACUACGCUGCUGCCUACGGACACAGGCACUGUCUGGAACUGCUGCUGGACAGAGACGACAGUCACCAAGACGACCCUGAAUCCCUGAACGCCAGGAGCCCCCUGCACCUCGCUGCGUACCACGGCCACGCUCAGGCCCUGGAGGUGCUGCUGCAGGGAGAGAGGGAGGUGGACCAGGGGGACGAGGCAGGGAGGACCCCCCUGGCCCUGGCUGCCCUCCGAGGCCACUCUGACUGCGUUCACACCCUCCUCAGCCAGGGGGCGUCGCCGCGCAGCACCGACACACAAUACGGACGCACACCUGUACACCUGGCAGUGAUGAACGGUCAUACGACGUGUGUGCGCCUCCUGCUGGAUGAAUCCGACAGUGCAGACAUGGUAGACGUUACUGACUCUCAGGGACAGACUCCUCUGAUGCUGGCGGUGGCGGGAGGUCACGUUGACGCCGUGUCGCUGCUGCUGGAGAGGGAAGCCAACGUCAAUGUGCCCGAUAACCACGGCCUCACUGCGCUGCACCUCGGGCUGCUGUGUGGUCAGGAGGAGUGUAUUCAGUGUCUGUUGGAGCAGGAAGCCUCGGUGUUGCUCGGCGACUCGCGGGGUCGCACAGCCAUCCACCUUGCCGCAGCCCGAGGCCACGCCUCCUGGCUGAGCGAGCUGCUGAGCAUCGCCUGCUCCGAGCCGCCCUCCCUGCCCCCCCUCAGAGACCAGAGCGGGUACACGCCGCUGCACUGGGCCUGCUACUACGGUCAUGAGGGGUGUGUGGAGGUUCUGCUGGAGCAGAAAGGUUGCCGCUGUAUUGAUGGGAACCCCUUCACUCCUCUGCACUGUGCUGUGGUGAAUGACCAUGAGCCCUGUGCAUCUCUUCUGCUGGAGGCGAUGGGAUCAGACAUCGCUGGCUGUAAGGACGCAAAGGACAGGACUCCUCUCCACGCUGCAGCGUUCUCGGGUCACGUCGACUGUGUCCAGCUGCUCCUUUCCCACGAUGCACCUGUUGAUGCUGUAGACCAAUCAGGUCGCACCGCACUGAUGAUGGCGGCUGACAAGGGCAGGAUCGGGGCCCUCGAGGUGCUGUUGACCAGCGCCGGUGCCAACCUCAGUCUGAUGGACAAAGAUGGCAACACCGCCCUGCAUCUAGCUUGCAGUAAUGGAAAAGAAGACUGUGCGUUGUUGAUCCUGGAGAAGCUGCCUGACUCGGUGCUCAUAAAUGCAACAAACGCAGCGCUGCAAACUCCUCUCCACCUGGCAGCUCGUAGCGGUCUGAAGCAGGCGGUCCAGGAACUGCUGUCCCGAGGAGCCAAUGUUCAGACGGUGGAUGAGAACGGUCUGACCCCUGCUCUGGCUUGCGCUCCUAGCAGAGAGGUGGCUGACUGCCUGGCUCUCAUUCUGGCUACCAUGAUGCCUUUCUGCUCCCCUUGCAGCUCCGGGGCUCCCUCCCCAGGCUCCCUGCUGAGGCAGCUGCCCCACAAAGGGGUUAAAGGCCCAGGGUCCGGCCCUCGGGGGCCACGCAGCCCCAGGAACCCCUCCGGACCCUCCAGCGAGGGAACCACCGAGAACGACUCCGAGGACUCGGAAACCUUCUGACCCCUGCGAACCGACUCUCUACCCUCCUACCUCGACGUGCGCACCUGAACUUUUUAGUUUCUCCCCCGGUGGAACGAUGCAGUGUUUUUUUUAGUCCGUAAACCCUCGAGGGAGGAGGGUAGAGACUUGGUUGAGACCCAGCGUGGAUGUUUGCAGUGUUUGUAUCUUCUGCUCUUCAUGUGGGGAACGUGUACAGAAUCACUCCGCUGACACCAAGCUGGAGACCCUGCAGCGCUUUUUCUUAGUGCCCUUUUCCAAAAACAGUGAUUGGAGCAGCUGCACUGCCCUGGACUGACUACUGCAGCCCAAUAAGUUGCUCCCUGAAACUGCGGUUGAAGAAUUUGAUCCAGGCCAACGAUGGUUUGGGCCUGCAUGCUUGUGUUAUCUUUACACCAUGGUUCGUUCUUUCUACUCACGGGUGCUUAAAUCCAAACCGACCUCGGUACUCAGUCUCUGCAUGGCACAGCAACUCGCCUCUGAGACUUGUCUGUCUUAAAAAAAAAAAAAAAAAGAAGCCAUUUUUAACUGUUUGUACAAAAUGAAGUAGACCAUUAAGAAAGUUAAGUGUAAUUUUAAUCUUUUUUUUUUUAUUAUUUUGGCUUGUUGUACCAAAUAUUGGACUUUCACACAUUAAUAAUUAACAUGUUUCAACAACCCGGUCUCCUAGAAAUUAUGUUAAUGUCCUAAUUAGCGUAAAAAUGUUGACUGACAACAUAUUUCAUUUGUUUUCCAUGAUAUCUGCUCAUAGGAACUACAGCACGGUUAACAGAAAGCAGUUAGUGAAAGAUUGUGGUUUAAUAUUUUAAAAAUCAACAUUGAUGUGAACAGGACGUGUUUAACUUCUUAAUUUUUUUUUAAUAAAUACUAAAACCACCUUAAAAUCACAGUGAAUUGGAAGUUAGUGUCCAUCAUAAUGUGAUGUAAUUCAUCAUGUAACAGAAUGUGUGAGCGGCACGGUUGAUUGGAUAACUCAAAAGUAGGCGUGGCUUAGCAAAUAAACGUAUUUGGCUGAACAAAUGAGAAUCUAACAGUAAUUUCUAGGAGACGGGGUUGGUACUGAAGGGUCACAUUAACCGGUACAAAGAGCUUGCUGUUAACUGUUCAUUUAACAACGAAAGCACAAAUUUUAAUUUCUCUGUUUGGUUUUGAGCUGUGGCUGAACUGUGAGGUUUCCAGCCAUCGUAAGAUGUUGAAAUACUGCCCACGAAGGAUACUACAACACACUGAUGGACACAGGGUUUGUGUAGAUUUUUUGCAUUUUAUCCUGUGGUCUAGAACGGCCUCCUGCACUGUUUUGACUCCAUGUCGAUCCUUACCUGUAGUGCAUGGUUGCACUUUGUAGAGCAGGGUAGCCAAUGGCCACUUGUUAAAAAGUUUCUACCAUAAAAUGAACACCUUUCCCCUCCUGCGCAGCUCGAAAUUUCUUAUCCCGCAAGCCCAGAUUUUCCAUAAAAACUAAAAACGAUGAAAAGCUCUUUUAGGUCUCAGUUCAUUGUGAUAUUUUCGAUCUUUUACACGAUGGUACAAAUACUGCCAGCACUUAAAUGUAAAAUGACACAGGGCCUUGACCACUUUCCGCUCCUUCCCCCUCUGUUCGUCUACCUACCAGCUAUGUGCCAUUGUCUCAAACGUGUCCAGUGCCUUGAUGUCUAUUAAUUUUUUGUUUUCUUUUAUAACAUAGCCUGUGUUAGUAGAUUAAAAAUAUUCGUAUCAUUUAAAGGAUCAGAUCACCUAAAUCACAAACACAUUUUAUUGUAAUUUUUUUCCCACAGCUAUUAAAUGGACCUUGAAGUGUUGCUGUUUUGUCAAUUGUUGUUUCCAAGGGAGAUAAUGAACUUUGAGCUGAUAAACUGGCAGAUAAACAGCUAGAAUCCACUAGAAACCAGAUAUUUUUUUGUAAUUUGGGUGAGCUGAUUCUUUAACAUGUUGAGCGUAAUGUGACACAUAACGUGAGAGGUUAUGUUACAUUGAAUGACAAAGUUUUAGCGGGGUUUGCUCUGCAUGAGGGACCAUUGUGUUUUCAGUGAAAUGGUGUCUCACUCCACUGUUUUCUCUCCUCAAAGGCUGGUGAUAUUCUAUAUUUUUGUUAUUGUCAAUGAAAAAAAUCUAGAACAUCACCGGACUGAUCCUUUAAGUUUGUUGCGUGUGUGUGUGUGUGUGUGUGUGUGUGUGUGUGUAUGUGUGUGUGUGUGUGUGUGUGUGGGUGUAAGAGUGUGUUACUUUAGGUACUGAUAUGAAAUUGCUUUUGUAUAUAAUGUGGACGUAAAUCUUUGUAUGAAAAAAAGUCUCCAUCACAGAAGACUUUGAGUGAUAUCUCUGCUCUAAACAAGAAAGGAUGAAUAAGAACAUGUUUUUUUUUUUCUCUCAGUUUAGCUUUCAGAAUGGACUAAAAGGUGUAUAUUAAUGAAUUUAUUUUAAAUUGAAAUAAUAAUAAUAAUUGAAGAUUGGAAUGGAGACGACUCUAAUGCCUGAUAAGCACACAUAUUGUUAACAAGCACAGUUUUUUCCUGCCUCUGCUGUCCCUGAGCUGUAAGUCUGCUGAGAGACUGAAUCUGUCUGCCAGUAUUAUUCUUCUUCUACCAGAACAUGAGCUUCACCAGUCCUGACAAUCGCUAUCGUCACGUGUCUGAUGAUUUUCAUACCAGUUCCUGAUGCAGUACGACAUGCUGAGGGCUGUUUGUCAGCUACCCUUUUGUUUUAUUUUAUAAUUGUACAAUUAUAAAAAUCUGUUUGAAGUUA